ACUCACUCGAUCAUAUACGUUCGAUCACAUACCUCCCGCGAUAUCACAAUGGAGCUCAAUAAGAAGUACUUUGCAGCCGUUUUUAUUCUCUUUAUUGCCUUUGCGGUUCAUCCUGCUAUCUCACGAUCAGGCCGGUUUCAGUUGAAAAAUGAAAAACUGAUCACUUCAGAGGAGAUAUAUGAAAUCGAUUACAGGGGGCCUGAGACUCAUUCUUACAGGCCCCCACCUAAUAGAACUAGUCGCGACAACUCUAAUGGUGGUCCAUUGCCAAAACCUAAGAUGCAUGGUUCAUCCAAAAGGCUAUCAUUAGCUAAAAACGUUGGAAAGAUCAAUGUAAAGAAGCCUACUCACAAAUGAAGAAAAUUCGACAGCAUUUGGAGACUUCAAGGUUACAAAACGGGUUUGUACCAUGAUUAUUGAUCACAUGCUGAAUAUUCAAAGCAGUGUGGUAGUAGCUCUUGGAAUACUAUACAUAGUAGCCAGGAAAUUUGUUUUUUAUUUUUUAUUGUGAUUGUUUAAAGUUUGUAAAAGAUAUAUUUAAUUUGCUUUUUUUUCUACCUACUGUGAUUAUCAUAAAUCAUAAUGUUAAUUUGAUGAGUA